UGUGAUUACAGUGCUUAUGCUAGUGUUCCUAAGCCGCGAGCACUCAGGCUUCGUCCUAGGCUGUCCGCUCCAGGCAAGGACUGAAGUAUUGAGUCAUUCCUCAAAUGCUCCGACGUCGCCUUUUUAGGGAUCGGCGGUGCCUGUGCGCUAUGCAUUCAACGCUUCCUGGGUCGUAGCGGUGUAAAACAAAUUCGGGUAUCUGGGCGCCUUUCAAGCGUCCUUCGUGCUGCUGCUGUGGUGUCGUACAUUGAUGCUGGUGGUGUGGAUGUCAGGGGCGGUGGUGGGUGGGGCCGUGGUGAUGGUGUCGGGCUCGUAUGGGUGGGCUAGGAUGCCGGGAUGGGGUACGCGAGUGGCGGAUGGCGGGCGGCGGAGACUCAGUGCCAAUCUCGCGCGGAUCAAUUUAUUGAUCAUAGUUGGAAUGAGACGCGGCGUAGGUGCUCGGGUCGCUCAACUUCUUGUGGAGGUGAUAAUGGCGGGCUGUUCGACGGCGUCGAGUGUGGAACGGAUGGCGCGCUACUCCCUUGACUGGACAUGCCACCGAAGGCAUGGCCGAGCUCUUUCAUGUCCAAGAGCUGUUCCUUCAAGAGCGAUACGCCUAUGCGCACGCUGUCAGCGCAACUGCUGAGCGUCUUGAACUGUCGUUCGUAUCCUUAGCUGCAUGCUCAAGACAUCUGCACAUUUCCAGCAGCAGCUUCACAGGAGUCAGUAAGAUAUUCAUAUAGAGAUGCU